CCUGAAGAAACAACAACUCCACCUGCUGCUGUAACUGCAACUGCUGGAGCACCUCCUGCUGCUGCAACUAACACUGAGCCUGAAACACCAGCUGCGACAGCAAAUGCAAAUUCUACGGUUCCGACGCGCCAGUAUCUUGAUCAGACUGUAGUACCAAUCCUCUUGCAAGCUCUUGGUGCGCUAGCGAAGGAACGGCCUCCCAAUCCGAUAGAAUACCUGGCUAAUUAUUUGUUGAAAGAAAAGGAUCGUAUAAAGAAUGAGAAGUCAAAAGGCCAGCAGUUCUGA